GUUCACAGAACUCAUGGUUUGUGUGGGCGUGUGACAAAAAAGGAGGUAGUGGCUCGUUAUAGCUUAAAGACGAUCUUUGUUGCCUCCAGCAGCAGCAUCCAGAGCUUUCAGCCAUUUUCCACCUGCUUCAUUUUGCUGCCGAACCUGAUCCUUCUCUGAAACUGUCUCGCCUUCGACACCGGCUGUCGUCACACCCCUCUUCGCUAAACCAGCUGUUGGGACGCAGACAGUGUUCGGACAGAUGAGCGAGCAGCACCCGGUAAAUCUGUGCUGGAGUCCGCUAGAGCUGAACCGGGUGAAUCUCAGUUGUGAAGCAUCAUGGGCAGUGACUGAUGAGCAAACCAACUACGGGUCAACCGCUGACACACCAACUUGGCAUGGAUCAGGCUUUAAGUCUAAAUGCUCUGAAGAAGCUGGCAGCGGAACCAGACUACACUGACGUGACGCUGACAGCAGUAGAGCGUGUGCGAGCUCUUGCAAAAAUGGGAUGCUGCAUAGAGAUUAAUGAGGAUAUUGAACCCAGACGCUACUUCCGCUCCGGAGUGGAGAUGGAGCGCAUGGCAGCAGUUUACCUGGAGGAGGGCAGCCUGGAGAAUGCAUAUGUCCUCUACACCAAGCUCAUCACGCUGUUUGUGGAGAAGCUGCCAAACCACAGGGAUUACAAACAGUGUUCGGCAAUCCCAGAGAAGCAGCUCAUCAUGAAGAAACUCCAAGAAGUCGCUUUUCCUCAGAAGGAGGCACUGAAAAAACGUCUUCAUGAGAAAUACAGCAAAGAGCACUCAGAGUACCUCAGAGCGCAGGGCCAGGCCAUGGUGGUGGAUGGGUGUGGUCAGCACCUGCAGCAGCUGUCGUUGUUGGACGAGGACAGGCAGCGCCUCUUGCUGCUGGAGGAGGAGAAGCAGCGAGUAGCAGCACUGCGACGGAUGCAGAUAGAGUCAGAACAGUUUCGCUACUUUGAAGAUCAGCUGAGGCGUCAGGAGCUGGCUAAUAAGAGAGGAGAGGAGGCAGCGCUGAAGUUGCAGACCAAAGUGCCUGAGGUCCCAGCUGGCUGCUGUUUGUCUAAGCAGUCGAUCAAAAGCAGCGUAUAUUCUCAGAUUGUGGACCCAAACAGAAACAGGCCUGUGACUGUGACCCAACCAGUUGCCGCGUUAGCAGGAAUACACAAUCAGAGGGUGGAGGGUCUGAGGCGGGUGGUGAUUCCCAGAGAUCUGACGUAUCGGUUCCUCCUGCUGGCUGACUCCAAUACGGCCAGAGGAAUAGAAACCUGCGGUGUCCUCUGUGGACGGUUGACCCAUAACGAAUUUGUGCUGACUCAUGUGGUGAUCCCAAAACAAUCAGCUGGACCGGAUUUCUGCGACAUGGAGAAUGUGGAGGAGCUGUUUGGAUUCCAGGACCAACAGAACCUGCUGACAGUGGGGUGGAUUCAUACCCAUCCCUCCCAGACUGCAUUCCUGUCCAGUGUGGACCUCCACACUCACUGUUCCUACCAGCUGAUGCUUCCGGAGGCACUGGCCAUCGUUUGUGCUCCAAAACACAAUGAUAUGGGUGUGUUCAGACUCACUGGUGCGGGCAUGUUGGAAGUUUCUGGAUGCAGACAAAAAGGUUUCCAUCCCCACUCCAAGGAACCUCCUCUGUUCACGGUCUGUAAACACGUGAUGGUCAGGGACUACAAGCUCAACCUGUUGGACCUCAGAUGACAGAAGGAAAGCACUGCCCUUCUGUUUACCGCCAUGCUUUUGUGCUAAAGAGGAAGCUGUAAACUCAUUGCCUCAGCGUUUCUGUGAACUGCUCUCAGAGUGGCACAUCUGUUUUUCUGCUUCUUGUAUGUGAUGCAGUAGACUGGGUUUUCUGUACAUAAAAAAACAUCAGAAGUCAUCAGAAGAUUGAGUGGCUUCACAUUGACACAUACAGUACAAAUUAUACUGCAACCCUAUGAACUUUAUAUGAACAUAUAUUUCCAGAAUCUGUUGUGAAAUGUUAUUUUUUUUACUUGUGUUUUAUACACAACAGACGGGAUUUUUCCUAUAGUGAUGUUAGAAAAACACCAAAACUUUUUGAAAAUACUGUUUUGUUUUUUACUCUUCAAUUUUUGAUCCUCUGAAAAGCUCAGUAACCUGCAACUGAUCUGUUCAGAUUUUGAGACACGAGAACAGUCAAAUUCAUAACUGAAGAUCAUAGUCAGCCUUUUGUGUUCAUGGUUUUACCUAAAAUUAACAGGCUAGCUGCAGUUGCAUUAGACCCCAUACAGCUCUGCCUGACAGGCUGCUGAGUCUAUGCCUGAAAACGGUACUCAGGACUUUAACAAUGCUGUACAUGCUGCCGACUGUAGCUUUCCGAACGACUCAGCUGAUCCAGUUAGUGUUCUGAAAGAAUAAAUAAAGUUCAUUCUUGAUGUGGCAAAGUCAAAAUGAGGCCCUAAUGUUUCAGUUUGUCACCAUAGAAACAUCAAGUCUGCUGGUCACUCUUAUCAUGAUGGGUUCUAGUUUUCUAAUCCACAUGCAGAAACACCAGGCGGAGAACAGAAAUCAGUUAAAUGGUUUAUUGUAAGAAACAGAACAAUAAAUCAGAACAGUGGGUCCUGGGAUGACAGCAAUCAGGAUCAGACAUUGGCAUUUCAUUCAUUAGAUUUCAACCACAAAACAUUGAUUCAAUCAUACAGUUUCAACGGCUAGAAUUGGAUGGUUGUUUGAUGGUUGAUCCACCAUCAGUUUUCGACUUCAACCAAAAAUCAACCAUUCUGACUGUAAUUCAACGUUGAUUUAACAUCGUGUGCUAUCUGGGCAGUUUUUCUCCGAGAGAGGUGAGUAGACACUGUGAGAUUACCAACCAUUUAGCAUAGUUAUCAUAGCUACAGACUACUGUUUGCCUCCAUUUCACUAGCAUUUAAUGAAUUAAGGAAAAAUAUUACCAACAUAUUCAUAUAUUUAACUUGUCCCUUGUACCUUGUACCACUUAACAGAGGAGUCAGUCAGCUGCAGUUCACCCUCCUCUUGUUGUGCUUACGAGACAUCCAGGUCGGGUUGAUGUCUCUCCAAAUCCCAAAGGCAUUGUAGGAGGACACAUCAAUGAUGUUGUGGAAGAUGACCAGGGGCCAGCGGGCGGUCAUUCUUCUGCAGCUAUAUGUUCCAAUCACCUUGUCUAGGUUGUCCACACCUCCUUUGUUGCGGUUGUAUUCCAGGAUGAUGAUUGGCUUCCUGUCCUCACGAUCACUAAUGUCACCGUCUUUGUGCAGUGUGCUCAGAAGAACURCAUUCUUGUUUUUCUUUGGGAGGUAGGAAACUAGAGUGGUGGUGGGCGUGAAGGCAAACUUUGAGGAGAARACCUCUCUCUCCUUUGACGCAAGCAGUGCAGGUGGGAGCUCAGGCUUGUUCUUUCGAACUGUACCAACCAUGGUGAUCUUCCUCUUCAGGAGCUGCUGUCCGAGUUCAUAAGAGGUGAAGAAAUUGUCACAUG